AUGGCCGUCUCUUUAGAGAAACUGAACAACGAGACAAUUAUGAACAGCCUAGAUAGCUCUGACGUCCGUUGCGGACGCUUUACAGUCUGUGAACGUAUUGUGUCUGCAGACAUGAUGCAGCGGCCGGAGCGGCUCGACUACUCCCGCAAGUCGGCUCGACGUCCGUAUACUGCGGCCGCUGAACGGAUCGCCCCGGCACCUGGCUCAUCACGAUCAAGUGGGAUUCCAGCCUCCUCAACCUCAAGGCAGGGGAGUCCAUUCAGGUCCAGGAAGACUCUUGCACGUUGGCCCUGGCCCGCGCUUUCAAGGAGCUGCGGGUCCGGUUCCCAGUGCUGCAAGCACGUCUAUAGCUGCGUCGACGUCUACUCGACGGUGGACCUGUACAGCAGUGAGCAGCAGCAGCAGCAGCAGCAGCAGCAGCAGCCCUCUCAGCCUUCUUCAGAGGUCGAUGCGCCUUCUUCUUCACCACAGGAUGGGGCCAUCACUCUGAAGUGGUGGGUGAUUGACCGGCGCCAGAAACCUGUCGACGGGGAUGACAUAGCUGAUGACUGGAACAAGCUUUUUGCAGCAUGGAAGUCUGUGAUCCCGCGAAAUGACUACGAUGCGAAGGAGCUUGAGUGGUGUUCGAGCCAUGAACCCAGGGAGGAUGAAGCUACAAGAAGGGGAAGGCCGCUUGUUGGCUCGGUAUCCCAAGGGGAUGGGCCAGACGGUUAUUUACCCUUGUUGGUCUUGGGGUCGUGUAGACUGUGUGGUAAGGAUCAUGAGCCCUAUGCUAGCGAUGCUUCUCAGGCAGCUCAGACUGCGGCUGACGACUAG